UACAAAACCAAUCUGGAUCUAUUAUUAAGUCAAUUCUUAAGAUCACUUUUAUCUCCCCCUCCUUCAAAAUCCUAAUCUUUUAGGUGCUACAAUCAACUAUUAGGUACAAUCAACUAUUAGGUUGAUGGUAAGCUUAUCUUUUCUUGUUCUUUUUCUAGCUUUUGAUUUUUAUACGCGGAAUAAAUACUUCAUUCUCUCUCUAUUGGAGAGUUUCUUUACCCAUUUAUUGUAUUUUAUAUCUCUCCUUGUGAUAGCUUGAAAGUUGAUUUAUUGAGGAAAAUUUGUGCGGUGUUACAACAAUGUCAAUCCUACGUCUACAAUCAAUUGAAUCGAAUUUAAUUCAAUCCCAAAGCUUUGUACGCUCGUGGUUUUGCCGGAUUAGUAUUUCGUUUGAUCCAAAUUGUUUUGUAUUCGUUAAUCUUGAUUUCUAUUGUAGAUGUCGUAUGACCAUUUUAUUAAUGAAUUAAUUUUACCUUCAAAUAAAAAGUCAAUUCUUAAGAAGUUUGGUGCCCAUGUAAAAUAUCCUUGUUUAAACUAAAAAAUGUCUAUUGGUGACAGGCUAAUAAGGUAUUUGGACUCAUCAUAAACCACAACGUUAAUUCUUAAAUGGAACCGAUUUACACUAAAUUUGUUGUGGAUCAUGUCUAAAAAAGCCAACAACUUGAUUAUAAUUUAUUUUGACGUGUGUAUUAGAACUAUUAUGGAAAAAAUAUCAAAUUGGUGUCGUUAGUACAUAUUGUGCUUAAAUAAUGUGAUUUUAAGUCACAACUCUCUUUUAAUAAAUAUAGGAUUACUUUGAAUCAAAAAAUGGUUACUAUAUCUAAGAAAAUUGGUAUUUAAUUUAUUAUAGUCACUUUGAACAAUAAAGGUCAAUAUGUAAGCAAGAGGGGUGCUAGAGUAAAUGGUUGGCUUUAGGUCCACGAUAAUAUUAUUGUAGACUAGGUCCACGUAAGAAUAAUCCAAAUAGUAAUUCAGCCAACAUAAUCUAUUAACGACCCUCUUUCAAUUAUCUUUUGUGAUCGGAUCCGGAUUCGGGGCGAGUUCUGGGUGGAUAGGUUUCAGUCCCCUCUUUUAAUUGUUGUUGUUGGGGAUCGAACACAGGUCCUUCCUACCAAGAUCGACCUCAAUCACCACUAAACCAACAGACAAUUAAUUUUUUCCUACAAUGUUACAACUCAUAUUAAAAUGGUUUUUUUAUAAUAUCACAUGAUAUAGGCCUUCCCAUAUAUUGCGGCUAGUAAUUAAAAUAUAGGAGUAUAUAUGUUGGUAAGAGGGUCAUUCCUUCCACUUUGGAAAAUAAGGAGAGGUAGCCAAAGCAAAAUAAAAAUGGGGACAUCAUGGGAACAACGUUUGCCUGCAAUAGCAAUGGUGUCUAUGCAAGUGUUGUACGCAGCAAUGGCUCUCUUGAAUAGGGCUGCCCUUGUUAAGGGCAUGAGUCCUAGAGUCUUCAUUUUCUAUCGACAAACUAUUGCUACUUUGGUUAUUUCUCCCAUCGCUUAUUUCACAAGGAGACGAUCUAAUACUACUACGCCGAGUAUAGGAUUUAAGAGCUUUGUUUUGAUCUUCAUCACAGCCUUCAUUGGGGUGACUCUCAAUCAGAACAUGUACUUUGAAGGAUUGUACUUGGCUUCUUCAUCAAUUGCAAGUGCAACAUACAACCUUAUCCCUGCUGUCACUUUCAUGACUGCUGCCGCCUUCGGGUUGGAGCAAGUGAAUGCAAAGACAUUAAGCAGUGCAGCAAAGAUAUUAGGGACAACCUUUUGCGUUGCAGGAGCAGUUUCUAUGACAUUGUUGAGAGGUCCGAAGCUACUUAACUCGCAACUUCCAUCAUCCAACUCUGCAUUUCUGCACUUGUUUGCGGUUGACCAAACCUGGUUCCUAGGUUGUGUAUGUCUCCUUGCAAGUAGUUGUUGCUGGUCCUUGUGGCUCAUUUUACAGGUCCCAGUUACAGCUUGUUACCCUGACCACCUAUCUCUCUCAGCAUGGAUGUGUUUCGUAUCAAUGCUGCAAACUGGUGCAGUUGCCUUGUUCUUAGAACCUGAUCCUGUUGCUUGGAAUUUAAGUUCGGGCCUUGAACUCACCUGUUGCUUUUUCUCGGGAAUUGUAGGAUCUGGGGUACAGUUCUUUGUUCAAUCCUGGUGUAUAUCGCGUAAAGGUCCAUUUUACUCUGCUAUGUUUACUCCUCUAGCCACUGUCAUAACCACUGUUCUAGCCUGCAUUUUUCUCCAUGAAGAGCUUUAUCUUGGCAGUUUACUAGGUGCUACCACAGUCAUCAUCGGCUUAUAUGUCGUAUUGUGGGGUAAAUCCGAAGAGGUUAAGGAAAAACUGCAUCUUACAUCAGGAGCUUGUCCAGUAAAAAUAGACCAAGAAAAGAAAAGUGAGAAAAUUGAUUUGGAACAACCACUUUUGACAAAUGAUAGUAUUACUCCUAAUUAGGGUAAAGUUCAGUUGCUUGUAGAAUUGUAUCAACGCGCUAAUUUUGUGAUUUAAGCUGUAUGUAACGGAUUAUGAAAUAUAGGCCCUUUUUGUGUA